CAGUUUUGCCUCCAGAGAGGCUUCCUGCAGGACGCUAAAUGGAUAAAACAGCAUGCUCUAAACAGCCAUGCUGCCUCAAAGCAACUCUUACCAGGAAGAUAACAAAUACACAAGAAAGGAGGAAUGUUACUAGCUGCACAUGCUUGAGUGCUUUUAUCAAACUAUCUGAAGACAAGGAUACUGAAUAAUAUGGAUAGCAAAUGAUUGUUAUUUUUUUAAAAAAAACACAGAAUCUGAAAAUGGACCACAGAUCUAGCAGCAGCUGAGAGAGAUCUGCAUGUGACAGUUUGCAACUUUUUAACCAAGCUUGGAACUCAACAAGAAACUGGGACUCACUCCCCUUCCCCAAAUUUACACAUGUCAGUGGGGCAGUGACUGUUGGAAGAGGCUAUCUAGAUAACCUUAGCUCUUUAACAUUGAAUUAGCUGGUUUAUAAAAGAGAAAAUGUGGCGGCAUGUUUAUUUUAUUUUGAGCUGCAAUCUCGUUCUGGUUUCAGGAUAUAACUCCUUUCGGAAAAGCAUAGAGACUCUAGGCAAAAAGCAGUACCAAGUCCAACAUGGAUUGUGUAGCUACACUUUUCUUUUGCCUGAAACGGACAAUUGCCGAUCUUCUUCUACCUCCUACGUUUCUAAUGCAGUGCAGAGGGAUGCACCCUUAGAUUAUGAUGAUUCCGUACAAAGGCUCCAGCUGCUCGAAAACAUCCUGGAAAACAACACUCAGUGGCUAAUGAAGCUCGAAAAUUAUAUUCAGGAUAACAUGAAAAAAGAAAUGGUAGAAAUCCAGCAGAAUGCUGUGCAGAACCAGACAGCGGUAAUGAUCGAAAUAGGCACAAACCUACUAAAUCAAACAGCUGAACAGACCCGGAAAUUAACAGACGUCGAAGCACAUGUACUGAAUCAGACAACAAGGCUUGAGCUGCAGCUUCUGGCACAUUCCCUUUCAACUAACAAACUAGAAAGGCAGAUUUUGGAUCAGACCAGCGAGAUAGGAAAACUGCAAGAAAAAAACAGCUUUUUAGAAAAAAAAGUUCUUGAUAUGGAAGACAAGCACACCUCCCAAUUACAGUCAAUUAAAGACGAAAAAGAUAAGCUUCAGUCUCUAGUUUCCAGACAGAACUCUAUAAUAGAAGAACUAGAAAAACAGCUGGUUACUGCCACAGCUAACAACUCAUUCCUGCAAAAACAGCAACAUGAUCUGAGGGAGACGGUGCAGAACUUGUUCGCCAUGAUUUCUACACCAAACCCAUCCAAGAACACUUUGGUAGCUGAAGAAGAACAGAUCAGUUUCAAGGACUGUGCUGAAGCAUUCAAAUCAGGACUUACCACCAGUGGUAUCUAUACAUUGACAGUGCCUAAUACAGGAGAGGAGAAAAAGACAUACUGUGAUAUGGAAGCCAGUGGUGGAGGUUGGACAAUUAUUCAGCGACGCUCAGAUGGCAGAGUAGACUUUGACCGAACAUGGGCCGAGUACAAAGAGGGAUUUGGGAACCCUUCUGGGGAAUACUGGCUGGGAAAUGAGUUCGUUUCCCAACUAACCAAUCAGAAGCAAUACGUUCUUAAAAUACAGUUGAAGGACUGGGAAGGAACUGAGGCAUAUUCCUUAUAUGAACAUUUCUAUCUUGCAAGUGAAGAACUAAAAUACAGGAUCCACCUUAAAGGACUUUCGGGGACAGCAGGCAAAAUAAGCAGCAUAAGCCAACCAGGAAAUGGUUUUAGCACAAAGGAUGCAGACAAUGACAAAUGCAUCUGCAAAUGCUCACAAAUGCUCACAGGAGGAUGGUGGUUUGAUGCAUGCGGUCCUUCCAAUUUGAAUGGCCUGUACUAUCCAUUGCGACAGAACACAAACAAAUUUAAAGGGGUUAAAUGGUACUACUGGAAAGGAUCAGGCUACUCUCUCAAGGCCACAACUAUGAUGAUCAGACCAACAGACUUCUAAAAACAUUUGUUGUUUGUAUUAAGUGCAUAUUGAAACAACUUUAAAAUACUGUAUAUGACAAAUAUUUUAAGACCACAGAUACAUCUUAACUGGUUUUUCACCUGGACAACAUGCACAUACAUUCUGCAGGAAUCAACUUGUUUUCAACAGCCACUGAAUUUCAUCACAAUUAAAUGUCAAGAAAGAAGAGAUCUCUGAUGCAAUAAUGAUUUGGCAAAAGGAAACAAGAGAAGGACUCCCAAAAAGCCUAGUCUUCAUUGUCUAGAACAUUAUGUAUAACUGGAACUGUGAAAUUACCAUCUAAAAUUACUUAAGCUUUAGAAAUGUUUCUUUAUGCCUUUUCACUGAACUUUAAUGGCUACCUUAAAUCAAGGACACUCCUUUGUAAACUAUAUCCUAUUCCUAUCUCAUGCCAUGGUUGUAAUUAUGUAAAUAAUGUGUCAUUUUGUAAUUAAUUCCUAUACUCUGAUUCCUACCAUAAGUAAUCACACAUUCAGGGAUAUUAGGUAAUACAUGCUAGUAUAUUUAAUAAGGUUUUGUAAAAAUAUUUCUAUGCCUUACAUGUCUUCUCUAAAAAUCAAGUACUGAAUAUAUAACAGAUAACUAUUUUUUCUUAAAAUAUCAGAUAUAUGUAUUAGUAUUUUAAAACUGAAAAAUAUCCCUGCAGCACAUAGAGUUUUAU